AUGUUGGUUCUCGUCGUCGGAAUCACAGGGAACGUCGGCUCCAAGCUGAUCGCUCCCCUCAAACAGCAUGGAGCUCAGGUGCGCGGACUGGCCCGGCACAAGUCCAAACUCGCGCCUGAGAAGCUGCAAGCCCUCGAAAGCUUCCACGACAUGGAAGCCUGGUAUGACGUCCCGGCCAUCAAGAAGGCCCUGAACGGCGUCGAUGCCGUCAUCUGCGCGUACGGGCCCAUCCCCGAGCUGGUGUUGGAUGCCCAGCUGCUGCUUGUGAGGUUGAUGGAUGAGCAAGGCAUAACGCGAUUUGUGCCCUCCGCCUGGAACCUGGACUGGUCGCUGCUGUCGUUUGGGGAUAUUGUGUAUUAUGACCUCUUCCUGGCAUUCCAGCGCCAGAUCGCCAUGUCGUCCCGCAUCAAGCCCAUGUACAUAUUCAUUGGCUUUUUCGCAGAGACCUUCUUCUCUCUGGACGGCCAUGGAGUAUUCAACCCGAGCACGCAUGGGGUCUGGGACUCGGCUGGAGGAAAUCCACGGGCUGAGUUCUGGGGCACGGGCGACGAGAAAUGGCAGAUCACCACCGAACAAGACACGGCCGACUUCACCGCGGCCUUGAUCUGUGACCUGUCCCGGGAGAGCGCCGUGUACAGGUAUUGUAGCUGGGAGUACAACAUCAAGGAAAUCGCGGCGAUUUACGAGAAGGCAAAGGGAAUUCCCGUCAAGCUGGAACGCCUGGGGUCGUUGCAAGAUCUGGCGGUGACGGCGCAAAAGAGUCAGCAGGAGUUAGGUCUAUCUAGGUUUUGGGAGUGGAUGGGCUAUACUUACCAGAUCCACCAACUCAGUGGCAAGACCAUGAUGAACGUGUUGGACGACAAGCUGUAUCCAGAUCUCAAGCGAACCAAGCUGGAGGACUUUUUGAAACAGCAUCCCGAAAUAUAA